GUUGUGCAACGUCGCCGCCCGGACUUCAGGCUUCGGGGAUGAAUAAUUCACCAUCCUACGGCUGCAAGCUUCCCUCUGCCCGGAGGCGACGGAGCUCUCUUUCAUAGAGGAAGACUCUGCUCCAUGGAGAAGGAAAUCCCCGGGUGAUUCUGCGCCCAGAGCGACCCUAGAGGAGCCGACCCAUGCCCUGCCUCCGCCUUCCCGCUCACAGGUGCUACCAGGCUGGCCGUGCCCUCGCUCCAGCAUCAUCAAGGCUGCCGGCAGCACAGAUGCACCCCUGACCUGCGUUGGAGCUCCCUGUCGGACUGCAAACUUCCCCCCACGCCGGCCGGGCGUCCGUCGUGGGGGCAUGAGCAUGAAGCCCAGGGCAGGCCUCGGCUCCCUCCUGCUCUCCCUGUGCUUCUCAGGACUCCCCCUGCUACCAGGCUGCCUGGGCGCCCAGGGGAGACUGGCCUACAAGCUGCUCAACGACCUGUUUGCCAACUACUCCAGCGCCCUGCGGCCCGUGGAGGACACGGACCGGGCUCUGAACGUCACCCUGCAGAUCACGCUCUCCCAGAUCAUCGACAUGGAUGAGAGGAACCAGAUCCUGACGUCUUACCUGUGGAUCCGGCAGGUGUGGGUGGACGCCUACCUGACCUGGAGCAAGGACGAUUACGAUGGGAUCGACAUCCUCCACAUCCCCAGCAGCUACGUGUGGCGCCCCGACAUCGUCCUCUACAAUAAUGCCGACGACCAGUUCACGGGCUCCAUGGAGACCAACGUGGUGAUCCGCCACGACGGGCAGGUGAUGUGGGACUCGCCGGCCAUCACCAAGAGCUCGUGCAAGGUGGACGUGUCCUACUUCCCCUUCGACGGGCAGCAGUGCCGCCUCACUUUCGGCUCCUGGACCUACAACGGGAACCAGAUCGACCUCCGCAACGGGAUGGACACGGGCGACCUCACCGACUUCGUGGAAAAUGUGGAGUGGCAGGUGCUGGGCAUGCCGGCCCGGCGGCACGUGGUCACCUACGGCUGCUGCUCGGAGCCCUACCCCGACGUCACCUACACGCUCGUCCUCCAGCGCCGCGCCUCCUUCUACAUCUUCAACCUGCUGCUGCCUUGUAUCAUGAUCUCCUUCCUGGCCCCGCUGGGCUUCUACCUCCCGGCCGACUCCGGGGAGAAGGUGUCCCUGGGCGUGACCGUCCUGCUGGCCCUCACCGUCUUCCAGCUGCUGGUGGCGGAGAGCAUGCCGCCCUCCGAGAACGUGCCCCUCAUCGGGAAGUAUUACAUCGCCACCAUGACCAUGAUCACUGCCUCCACCGCGCUGACCAUCUUCAUCAUGAACAUCCACCACUGCGGCCCAGGGGCCCGGCCCGUGCCCCACUGGGCUCGGAAGCUCAUCCUGCACUACAUGGCCCGUGCUUUCUUCGUCUACGAGGUGGGCGAGAGCUGCAAGAGCCCCUCGCGGGAGCCGGACGCCCUGCCCAGGGUGCAGGUGGGGAAUGGCCAGGACAGGGCGCUGCCGUCCGAGCCCGGCGACCCCUCGGGCUGGCAGGAGACGGGCAAGUACGUGAACUUGGAGAAGGGUGGCAGGGCGGAGGGGCCCAUGCCGCGGUGUCUGUGCCACCAGGACAGCUUGCUGCGCAACGUGGAGUACAUUGCCAACUGCUUUCGGGACCAGAAGGCCUCUCAGCGGCGGGCUGGGGAGUGGAAAAAAGUGGCGAAGGUGAUGGACCGCUUCUUCAUGUGGGUCUUCUUCCUCAUGGUCUUCUUCAUGAGCGUGCUCAUCAUGGCGAAAGCUGCCUGAAGGGCCCCUGCAGCACCUAGGACUGCUGCCCUGCCUUGUCAGCCCACCCCCUUGCAAACCUUGCGCUCCUUUUGCCAGGUGGAGACUGAUCCUUGGUAGGACUGUAGACUGAUUGCGAGCAGCAGGUCCUGUCCCCAGAUGCUGUGCAAGGCGAGGCCAAGUCCCAGGUGUGUGCAGAAGCCCCUGAGGGCAAAACCAUGUACCGGCUCGCAGGUACCCCCAUUCCCCUCUGGAUGGGGAGCGCCUAGCUCUGGCUUGGGUACCAGGGCUGAGCCUGAGAUCCCACAGUGUUGUCCUGCACCUGGGGCAGCUACUGGGAAGUAAGGCAUCAAAAUAAAUCCCCUGGAAGCUCCAUGCAGGCCCCCAUGGGGGUUUGCAACCUGAAACAAGUAAGCAUCUUGCAAAUGCUUCCAGGCUCAGGAAGUGUUUAGAGACUGAAUGGGAAGUGCUGCAUCUUCCUCAGUGCCCCCAUUCCCAGGGUGUUGUUUGCCAUCUCCGCGAGCAAGGGCCCAGGUGCAUUUGCACGGGUGUUGCUUAUGCCUGUUCGGUCUCUAUGGCCCUUGCAUCCAGAGUGGACAGGCCGCAGCUCUCCCGGGGUAAGUGCAUGCAGGUGCCGUGGUACCGUCUUACCAUUACACAAUGCCCCAUUUGCCUCGAGCGCACAGUUACCCUGGGCAAGCUGCAGACACGCGCCAUCUACCCUAGGGCAGUCUCCCUCCUCCUUUCUCCUGGGUAAGCCGACGCUGCAUGCGAGCGACUCAUGGCUUCACAUCAGGCAUCUGCUCCUGUCUCAAGCAGGCACAAAGAUCGGUUACCCUGGGGUAAGUGCGUUGUGUGUCCAGGCCCCCCAUAGCCUGGCUGUGGGGCAAGGAGCUGAGCUUUCUUCCCUCUUGUGCCUCCAUCAAGAGGGACCAGAGUCCUCCCAUCAGAUAGCUCUUAACCCUGCCGUGCUGGGUGGGCAGGAGGCUGGCAGGGGUCUUGCACCUGAAGCCAUGGGGGACUUCCCUGCAUCUCAUGAUGUAUCUGCAGAGCCAGCACCCUCUCCCCAUCGGCCAGGACCUCUCCGUCUGGCUGCAGCAUAUCUCGCUUUGCACCUGGAGCAUGCAGCGAUCUGGAGCAACCAUGCAGCUCUUGCUGUGGUCCAGCAGCCUGGACCUGCAAGCCAGGGAUUACCCAGGCCUGGCCUCACUGUGCUAGGCCAGGAGACCUUCCAGGAGACAUGUUUGCUGCCCCAUGCCCAGGCUGCGUGCCACAACUACUAGUCCCACGUGUGCCAGGCAUCAGCUCCUAUGGUGCCGAGAGUCAUCCCCUGCCCCCAGCACCUUUCUUAUCCCAAGCCUUUGUGUCCCACCUUCCCUCUGCCCGUUCCUCUCCCCACCAGCAUGGACAAAGCUGAUGCUUUGAUAAAAUCCCCAGUUGCUGGCUCAACUUUGCAGGACACAAGCCUUGCUGGAGUGGACUCAGGUGUGUUAUGGGUAGUGAGCUGUGCCUGGGGCACAUCCGCCUGCCUGUGUUUGCAUCCCGUUGUCCUUCCCCACCAGGCCCUGGUGCAUGGUGCUGUGGGCCUGCUAGGGCACGUGGUCGAUGCCUGGCCCGCGUUCAGGUGAGCGCAGAGCUCCUGGCACGGACGGGACCCCGGGUCAGGGAUGGAGCGAGGCUUUGGGCUUCAUGAUAAGUUCCCCCCCAGGAGAUACCACAACUACAUGGAGGCACAUUCACUCCUGCCUUGCAGGGAGCAGAGUGGACCCAGGCUGUGUCCUGAGCAUGCUGGUGCUGUGUUUCUGGGGGAGACGGCCCACCCAGACACCCCUCUGCACCCUUGGCCUCUGUCCUGUGCUGGCUGCAAAAACCAACUCUGCUCUGGUGUUGCCCCUUAAGGAUGCUAGAAAGGGGAGAGCUUGGCCGAUCGCCCCUAGUCCCACUGAACCAGCCACAGAGACCGUCCUCCCACCCCCAGGCUUAUUACUGCAUCACAAGGGGCAGAGGCAGGCAGCUCCAAACCACCCCCUUGUGAAGCCCAUGCUGGGGCGGGAAGGCCACUGUCCUCCAGGUCAUGAAGUGGUCCUCAACCGGGGUUACACGGCACUCUAGGAGGCCACACGAUCCUUUCAA